GAGCGCACUAAAACAAUCACCGCAGCGUUCAGUCUUUGGGUUCAGUCUUGUUUACAUCGCGGCGGGGAAACAGAGUCUGCUGUUUUUACUUUCUUAUGCAUUAAACUUUAACGGGAAACACUGAGGGGGAAGAGUAAACGUCUCUCAACUGACUACGAUGCGAAAUUAUUAUUUUAAUGCGUGAAAUCCGUCACACCCUGCUGUAGCUGUCACUUGAAAGUCAACAUCAUCCUAAAAGAAAGGUGGGCUCCCUAAGUCAAGGCAGCUGUGCCAAAUCAUCACAAAAAGAUGAGCCAGGAGUCAUCCAUCCAUAGCUGGCCCGGCUCUUAUUACAUCAACAGUGAGAAACGCUGGGUCAGCGGCAUUCUCUCCUUAUCCCGCACCACCCUACGCUUCGACUCUGAGCAGAAUCAGGAGAAUCUGAUUGGCCUGAGGCUCUCACAUAUCAUGGAGAUCAAGAUGGAGACCUCCGGCUUCAUUUUUAGUGCUCUUACUGUGUUGGAGCAGGGAAACAUCAAGCACUGGUUUGGGUCUCUCAAGCCUUGUCGUACUGCCGUUUACCACGUGCUAGAGCACUUCUGGAGGGAACGGCUGCUGUCACCUACAGAGCCCCGUGGAGCUGAGGCUCCUCUCACUAAGGGCCAGGAGCUGAUCAGCCUGAUAUCUGGAGCCCAGCGGAGGCUGGAGGAUACUGGAAAAGUCCUGGACCACCAGGGAGAGCAGUUUGACAACAUGAUUCAGGGCCUGGACAAUAUCGAAUCAGACCUGAGCGUGGCAGAUAAACUACUAUCUGAACUUGAGUGUCCGUCUUGGUGGCCUUUUGGCAAACUGCCACGGAAGAGCCACCAGGAGGCCAAGUCUGAGGCAGCUGCCAAAGCGGCCUGUACUAAAGCUUCAGGCAAAGGCCAAAAAGUCAUAACCAGCAUUCCAGCUAUUCUCUCCCACGUUGGAAGCUCUGGAAACCUGAAACCAGGUAGCCUGAUAGUGUUGGUCUCCUCUCUCGAGGUACGAGAUGCAAACGGACAGCUUCUCCAUUGCUUUGAGAAGGAAGAGGUGGAUGAUGUCUAUGUGCACAGCCCCUACGAGAUCAGUGUUCGGCAGCGCUUCAUCGGAAAACCUGACAUCUGUUUUCGAAUUCUCUCUGCCAGGAUGACUGAUGCUUUAUCUGUACUGGAGAUGCAGUAUAAGAAGAAAGUUGUGAUCACGCGUGACUAUGCAGCAUUUCAGGCAACUUCGGCAACCACACCAGGAAGCCCAGAAGGUGGAGGAAACAUUUGGAGUGCAGGUCAUGGACAGGAUACGGGGGUGCCAGUGGAGGUGCCUGCUGGUGAACUGACACAACUGCAGCUUCAUGUGCUUCAGCCCACUGUAACUGAAGCAGAGGCACAGGAGCUAAAACAGGUCAACAUAAGAUCUGCAACCAGCGUCAUUUUGCAUGGCUUAGCAUCUUCACCCGACUGUAACUGUAAUAAAUUUACUGUUGUUGUGUAAAUUGUGUACAUUGUCAACCCUUUAACAGUAAUGCACUCUAUCUAAUCCUGGUUUAUUGUCAUUGUUUCAUGUGUGCUGAUUUUUUUAUUUUUAUUUGUUGAUGUGUAAACUCAUAAUGCUAUAUUUAUUUACUUGUUUUGUGAUCAAGGCAAGUGUA